CCCUCUGCCGGCCUGCCGAACAACUACCAACCAGCCGGGGAAGCAGAGCAGACUGCAAGGAUAAUGGCUGACAAAGCUGCUGCCAAGAGUUCAAACCCUCUUGAGGACCUGGUGACCCGCCUGAAGCCUGACAAGAUGAGUGGCCGCAUGAUGAAGUAUCCGUAUACUUUCACUGGCAAAAUUGCCCAGUUCCCUUGGGGAUACUACACAAAGAAUGUUUGGCUCUUCAAGUACUAUGGGUUUGGAGUUGCAGCUUGUAUCCCCAUUUUCAUGUGGAUCCAGAAGAUGUCAAAUUCUCCCGAGAACGUAGCCAAAUUUGAGGCUAAGAAAAAAGCUGAAGCUGAACACCAUUAGUAGGGGAAUCACGGCUUGGUGACCUGGUCGGACAUCACCAUGUUCAUUCUUGUACAUUACGUGAAAUUAAACCUUAGUUUGUA